AUGGAACGACUUCCGAUGCUCGCCAGAUGUGGCCAUUCAUGGGUUUGUGGCUUCUGCGCCCUCACCGCCGAGGAUCGCCACUUUUUGAACUGCAACGUUUGUGGGCGGCUGGCCAGCGAAUACGUGCCGUGGACACGAUAUUUAAGCUGCCUACUGGGCCAAACGUUCUUCGGCGUCGACGACGACAAGCAGCAGCAGCAGCAGUCACUGCCAAAGCCCGAUGAACGACUCGCCAUCACAUAUCCAAUCGAGGGCCGCAUGGAGAAAUAUCAAAAGCAGCUGGAGACGCUCAAGGAGUUCAUCGUCAUCACCCACAAAAUCAACCAGAAGGUGGAGAAGAACAAGGAGAUGCUCGAGUCGAUUGCUCGUCAUCAACAGAUCCCGGCCCCUCUUCCCGUCGAUACCCAGAACAACGCAUUGGAAGAAAAGAUGAACAUGCAAUUCACUAUUAUUCUCACGUUGCUAUGCUUCAAUUUAUUCGUUUUGUUGGCGUUGCUUUUCAAA